AUGAGUAUGGUAAAUUGCAGUUCGGAGCAGUGUGUGGAAUCCGAAGCAGAGCAGUGCUUCUAUAGAUUAUUCGAUCAAAUGGCAAAUAUUUGUAGUGAUAGUGAACUGACAUUUCGUUGUCAUCAUUAUAAGUUUUUGGACGAUUGUUUCGCACGCGACGUUGGCAUAUGUGCGGCCAGUCAAGUGGGGCGAUGUGCAAAAUUGGCCUAUAAACGCCGACAGAUUGUGUGCGAACGGCAGAACCCGAAACUGUAUCGUGACGCUGCCAUUCGAAGGCAUACCUCGUCGUCAUCAGAAGGAUCGCAGUCCAAGUAUUCAGCUGCCUCCUCCUCAUCCAUCUAUGUAGCACCGUCCUCGUCAUCCUCGUCACAUUAUAUGCGAUCCUCCACACCACCAAACGAAUUACAAUUCAUCUCACUAUUCGGUUACCUGCAAACGCAAUGUUCUAUUGGUGCCAAUCAGAAUUGUUCAACGCACGCUGCUGGUGGCAACUACGAGGGUAUGAUCGAGACGUGUCAAAACGAGAUACGAUCCAAAGCGUUGGCACGUAACAGUGAUUUUGACCGACAUCAAAUCCUCAGGUCAGUAGAUUUGACUGAUUUGAGCAAGUGGUUAAAUAUGAAUUUAAGAUUGAAAUUGGACACGUCAAAAAAGUUACUCGAAUAUCCCGAGACGAAACGCAACGAUGAGUGCCUAAUUGUACGUGCAACGCUCAGCGAUAUUUAUCGCAUUCAUCAUCGCUACUGUUUUCAGGCAGUUAUAACGCGAUGUUUAUGUGAGCAACUUGGCUUCGAACGCUCGUGUGGUGUUGACUGUUCAGUGAUAGAGCCUCGAGGACCGAAUGAUGAUCGAUUGGCAUGGAGUGAUUUCAGAGGGCGCUUGAUGUCGAGCUCAGCCUCAAGCCCGAGCUCGAGUCCAACGCCUCUGCAUCAACUUCUGCCUGCUUCCGGCAACGCUUCAGCCGAAAUGCUUCUUCUCCUAUCCACUAUACUCAUUAUUACUCUAUUAGUAUUAUGA